UGAGAACUUGUCUGCUAGACAGAUCUAGCUCCUGCUUGAGUCCGGAGCGUGGACAAGUGGCUGCGUUGGCCCAAUUCUAGCUUGGCCCUCAGUUUCCCAGGCAUGGCAGCCUCCUCCACCUCACACAGACCCAUCAAGGGGAUACUCAAAAACAAAAGUUCAACAUCUUCAGUGGAGGAUUCUUCCGAGUCAUCUGGAAGACCAGGCACCCAGGAGUUGCAACGGAAGAAAUCGCAGAAGUGGGAUGAAUCCAACAUACUAGCAACCCACUAUCCAUCCUACAAAGACUAUGACCUGAUGAAGAAGAAUGAGCCCGGCAACCCCUAUGGCAGCGUGCCACAUGACGGAGAAGACACCGUAAGUGAAGUUCAAGGAAAAGACGCCAUGACCUCUGACACCUUAGCGAAGAAAUUCGCAGCCUCUGCCACUUUGGGAACCAGUUAUCAGGGUGAGGAGCAAGAAAGCAGCGGUGCGCAUAGUAGCAAAUUCUUCCUGGACAAACAAGAAAGGCAACGGCAAUUUGAGUUGAAAAGGAAGUUACACUACAACGAAGGAUUAAACAUCAAAUUGGCCAGACAACUGAUAUCGGAGGAGCUACAAUCUGAAGUAGAGGAAGAUGAAAACCAACCAUGUCUACAUUCAAAUUAUUGAAGAAAAGACUACUACAGAAGAAGCUCCGACAAUUGAACAUCUAGAAAUUUACCAUCAAACGCAUAUAAGAUCUGCUGUUGCCGCUGCCUUUGCCGCUGUCUUUGUCUAUACCACCGCUGCUUCUUGCUUCUUAGAACCCAUUGUCUUAGUGUGACUCUACUUGUCCAUUUAACUGUUUAACAGUGUUUACUGGUCAUGCAGGAAUUAAAUGGUAAUCUUAGAAAAUAUUGAAUUGGCUUAAACAUCU